UUUCCCGCCCUCCGCUCCGGCCGCCGCUUAGACGUAGACCAACGCUUCCUCCCUGGCAGCUCUUGAGGCCCUCUCAUUGCUGUUUUUUUGCAAACCACGCUCUGAUUGGCUGAGGCUCCGGGCCCGCGCCCGUUGCCCCCGCGCACUAGCCAAUUGGAGCACAUGUUGCAUGCAACGGGGCACGGGUGAGGGGGAGGCGGCGGCGGCGGCCAUUUUGAGCCGCCGCCGCCAUUGGAGUGGGGGGGGCCCCCCCUUUCCCCUUUCGCCUCUGACAGGAAAGGUUUAAGGGGGACAGAGCCCUGGGAGGCCGGGCCGGGCUCGGGGGCCACCCCGGGGGCCCGGGCCAUGGAUGUGCGCCGUCUGAAGGUGAACGAACUUCGCGAGGAGCUGCAGCGCCGCGGCCUGGACACUCGCGGCCUCAAGGCCGAGCUUGCUGAGCGGCUGCAGGCGGCGCUGGAGGCCGAGGAGCCUGACGACGAGCGGGAGCUCGAGGCUGACGACGAACCGGGGCGACCCGGGCACAACAACGAGGAGGUCGAGACCGAGGGGGGCUCCGAGCUGGAGGGGACCGCACAGCCACCGCCGCCCGGGCUGCAGCCGCACGCGGAGCCCGGCGGCUACUCGGGGCCGGACGGACAUUAUGCCAUGGACAAUAUUACCAGGCAGAACCAAUUUUAUGAGACCCAAGUCAUCAAGCAAGAAAACGAGUCAGGCUAUGAGAGGAGACCACUGGAAAUGGAGCAGCAACAACAGUCCUAUCGCCCAGAAGUGAAGACAGAGAUGAAGCAAGAAGCACCCACCAGCUUCCUCCCACCUGAAGCUUCUCAAUUCAAGCAAGAGAGACAGCCAUUCCAGAGUCGCAAGAGGCCUUAUGAAGAAAACCGGGGACGGGGGUACUUUGAGCACCGAGAGGAUAGGAGGGGCCGCUCUCCUCAGCCUCCUGCUGAAGAGGAUGAAGAUGAUUUUGAUGACACCCUUGUUGCCAUUGACACAUAUAACUGCGACCUCCACUUCAAGGUAGCCCGAGAUCGGAGUAGUGGCUAUCCACUCACAAUCGAGGGCUUUGCAUACCUGUGGUCAGGAGCCCGUGCCAGCUAUGGGGUUAGAAGGGGCCGUGUGUGCUUUGAAAUGAAGAUCAAUGAGGAAAUCUCUGUGAAGCAUCUUCCAUCUACAGAGCCUGACCCCCACGUUGUCCGUGUCGGCUGGUCCCUGGAUUCCUGCAGUACCCAGCUAGGUGAAGAGCCUUUCUCCUACGGCUAUGGAGGCACUGGGAAGAAAUCCACCAAUAGCCGGUUUGAAAACUACGGAGACAAGUUUGCAGAGAAUGAUGUGAUUGGCUGCUUUGCGGACUUUGAAUGUGGAAAUGAUGUGGAACUUUCCUUUACCAAGAAUGGGAAGUGGAUGGGCAUUGCCUUCCGAAUCCAGAAGGAAGCCUUGGGGGGUCAGGCCCUCUAUCCUCAUGUCCUGGUGAAGAAUUGUGCAGUGGAGUUCAAUUUCGGGCAGAGGGCAGAGCCCUACUGUUCUGUCCUCCCAGGGUUUACCUUCAUCCAGCACCUUCCCCUUAAUGAGCGGAUCCGGGGCACCGUCGGACCAAAGAGCAAGGCAGAAUGUGAGAUUCUGAUGAUGGUGGGCCUGCCUGCUGCUGGCAAGACUACGUGGGCCAUCAAACAUGCAGCCUCCAACCCUUCCAAGAAGUACAACAUCCUGGGUACCAAUGCCAUCAUGGAUAAGAUGCGGGUGAUGGGUCUACGCCGGCAGCGGAACUAUGCUGGCCGUUGGGAUGUCCUGAUCCAGCAGGCCACCCAGUGCCUCAACCGCCUUAUCCAGAUCGCUGCCCGCAAGAAACGCAACUACAUCUUAGAUCAGACAAAUGUUUAUGGGUCAGCCCAGAGACGAAAAAUGAGACCAUUUGAAGGCUUCCAGCGCAAAGCUAUUGUAAUUUGUCCCACGGACGAGGACCUUAAAGACCGAACGAUAAAACGAACCGACGAGGAAGGGAAGGAUGUCCCAGAUCAUGCGGUCUUAGAAAUGAAAGCCAACUUCACGUUGCCAGAUGUUGGGGACUUCCUGGAUGAGGUUCUGUUCAUUGAGCUGCAGCGGGAGGAAGCAGACAAGCUGGUGAGGCAAUACAACGAGGAAGGCCGCAAGGCUGGGCCACCCCCUGAGAAGCGCUUUGACAACCGAGGUGGUGGCUUCCGCGGCCGUGGGGGUGGCGGUGGCUUCCAGCGCUAUGACAACCGAGGCCCCCCUGGAGGCAACCGAGGAGGCUUCCAGAACCGAGGCGGAGGUAGCGGUGGAGGAGGCAACUACCGAGGAGGUUUCAACCGCAGUGGAGGUGGUGGCUAUAGCCAGAACCGCUGGGGUAACAACAACCGGGAUAACAAUAACUCCAACAACCGAGGCAGCUACAACCGGGCUCCCCAGCAACAGCCGCCACCACAGCAACCGCUGCCACCACAACCACCACCCCAGCAGCCUCCGCCGCCGCCCAGCUACAGCCCUGCUCGGAACCCCCCAGGGGCCAGCAGCUACAAUAAGAACAGCAACAUCCCCGGCUCGAGCGCCAAUACCAGCACCCCCACCGUCAGCAGUUACAGCCCUCCACAGCCGAGUUACAGCCAGCCACCCUACAACCAGGGAGGUUACAGCCAGGGCUACACAGCUCCUCCACCUCCACCUCCGCCACCACCUGCCUACAACUACGGGAGCUAUGGCGGCUACAACCCAGCCCCGUACACCCCACCACCACCCCCUACUGCACAGACCUACCCUCAGCCCAGCUAUAACCAGUAUCAGCAGUAUGCCCAGCAGUGGAACCAGUACUAUCAGAACCAGGGCCAGUGGCCACCAUACUACGGGAACUACGACUACGGGAGCUACUCCGGCAACACACAGGGUGGCACAAGCACACAGUAGCCAGUGUGUCCCAGAGGCUUCCGGAGGCCCCUGCCGGCUUCCUCCACCAGCGCCUGCCUCGGCCCCCUCCUCCACUCCCACCAGGUCCUGUGGUGCUGGGGAUGGGGUCAUCCCAGGGCUGCCCUCCUCCAGCCCACUGCCUCCCCUCUGAGGGGCUUCUUCCCCCAGGCCCCACCACAGGGCCAGGCAUUUUUCUCUGGAUUCAAACAGGCAACAAUGACCUUUUAUUUUCUGUUUGUCCCUCCCCUGCCCCUCCAACCUCCCACCUCCUGUUCUUCCUGCCUUCUUCCUUUUUGACUAAAUCCUCUCUUCCCUUGGCCAUACGGUCAGGCUACAGUGACUGAGGGGAGACCCUGUUCUUACUCACUCAUCCCAACCUUGCUCCAGCCCCUCAGCUUCCCUCAUGCAGUUGGUUGUAAAUUCUUCCAGGAGCUGUUUUACUGUCUACUUUUCAGGAUUAAGAAAAAAAAUCAAAAACUAAAAAAAAAAAAGUUUAAAAAGCAAAAUGUGGAGGGAGGAAGCAGUGACAUAUUUUUUUGGUAAUUAUGCUUUUUUUUUAAUUUUUAGAAUUUGUCUGUUUUUACUGUGGGUCAGCUGUUGAUAUUUCAUCAAGAUAACCAUUUCUUUGCUGAGUUCAGGUGACCGAGGAAGAGCCACACGCUCGAAACAAAACAAAACACACACAAAACAAAACCGCAAAAUCAUCUUUAACCUAACUUUUUAUACGAUGUCUCAGUUCCCCGUAACUUUGCACACAAGCUUCUGUGUUCAGUUGAAUUGUAACAGCUUUUUGUAUUUGGAGAGAGUGUGACUAUUGAACUUGAAACCUUUUAUUCUGGGCGUCUUGGUAGUUUCUGGUGGGAUUAAGUGGGUGAGAGGGAAGAAGGGGAGGUGGGGGGGCUCUUUCCCUUCAGAACAUGAAAUUUCUUCCGCUGCCUCCUCUUCAGUGGUCUCCCAGGUGCCAGACCUAAGUUUUUCCACGGUGAUCCUCUGAUUAUUUUUACUUCCCCUUGACCCAUAUGUUUUAACAGGAUUUUAACAAACUGCACUUAUUAAGAAAUGUGUUUGCCCUGUUUUGUUUUCUUUUCUUUCAAUAAAUGACAUGGCACCUCCUAGCAGGAAGGAAGCAGGGUCAAAACCCUGAA